CCAUUUCCUCUCCCGCUAAUCACCCCCUGGUAUUUUCCUACAGCUGCCACCAGCACCACCCCUGCAGCGAAGACCUCCAGCCAUAUGACGGCCUGCAGCGACAGCGAGAAGAACUACUGCGUGAACGGAGGGGAUUGCUUCACCCUGGAGGUCACCCCCGGCAGCACCAAGUUCCUCUGCAGGUAGAACAUGAUGAAACACGAUACCAUUUCCACCAACACCACCCACUGGAUACUGUGCUGUCUGUUUUUGACUUAGUUUUAACUGAUACAAUUUCUGAUGGCUUAUAGCUGCUUUUUCCUCAUAUUUAAACAGACUGACAGUGCUUCCGCAUAAUUCGUCAAACACAGCAUCCACACCACACAAUAAAUAGUAUGCUGACAAUGUUUGACUUGAUGUUUGAUACAAUUCCUGAUGGCUUAUUGCUGCUACUUCUUUAUAUUUAACUGUGCUCCCACGUUGGAUCAUUCUAGAAGUUUGCCAGUGCCGACUUCAGAACGCUACUAUACUGUUUUAGUACGGUAGAUGCUGGCAUAACAUUUCAUAUCUAUUUAAUAUUUAUUUUUGAAGUGAGAAUGCUGUGUUGUCAAGACCCAUUUAUACCUGAUAUGAUAGGCACCAGAGAUGUGGUGCCAUUUAGGCCUGAUACAGGUCCCCUGUAGCUCAGUUGGUAGAGCAUGGCGCUUGCAAUGCCAGGGUUGUGGGUUCGUUUCCCACGGGGGGCCAGUAUGAAAAUGUAUGCACUCACUAACUGUAAGUCGCUCUGGAUAAGAGCGUCUGCUAAAUGACUAAAAUGUAAAAUGAUAUGAUAGGCACCAGAGAUGUGGUGGCAUUUAGGUCCCUGAGGCGCCAAGCUGUACCAGCUCUGUGGCGGAAAACGGAACCUGGCAACAUCAAACACUGCCUCGUCUUCAUCGGGAAAUCGGAGGAAAGUUGGCAGGUCUUUUUACAGCAAAGCCAAGGUGUCGGCUUAAUUUUUUUGGAAGGUGCUGAGCGAUUUAGUGAUUUUUAAGGUUGUUUUGGUUAGAUUAUUUUAAAAAAUAAUCAAGGUUUUCUAUUUCAUUUUUUUUUUACAUUGAAAUAAUGACAUUCAAAUUAUUUUAGAGCUUCCCUCAGGUGCAAUGGUUUAUGGUCCCUCAUAUUUAUAUUUUUGAGUGUUUUCCCCAUUUUUUGAGAUUUUUACCCCAUUUUCGUCAUAUCCAAUUGGUAGUUACAGUCUUGUCCCAUCGCUGCAACUCCCCUAUGGACUCGGGAGAGGCUAAGGUCGAGAGCCAUGCGUCCUCCGAAACACGACCCUGCCAAGCCGCACUGCUUCUUGACACACUGCUCGCCUAACCCGGAAGCCAGCCACACCAAUGUGUCGGAGGAAACACUGUCCAGCUGGCGACCAAAGUCAGCUUGCAGGCGCCCGGCCUGCCUCAAGUAGUCUCUAUGGGACAAGGAAAUCCCUGCCGGCCAAACCCUCCCCUAACCUGGACGACGCUGGGCCAUGGGUCUCCCUGUCACGGCCGGCUGUGACACAGCCUGGGAUCGAACCCGGGUCUGUAGUGACGCCUCAAGCACCGUGAUGCAGUGCCUUAGACCACUUCGCCACUCGGGAAGCCCUUGUCAAGCAGUUCUUUACUUAAUUUCUCUCGUGAAUGAUUUGAUUUCUCUCUAGAGAAACGGCGCAUUAAGUUCCCCAAAAUAACGUACUAAAUGGAAUUCAAUUAAUUAAACCGACGUCGGUCAAUUAGUUGUUUAAUAACCAGAAAAAACAUCUAAAUAUUUGGUUAAUCGCUCAGCACUAGUUUUGGGGUCAAUCAUUAAACAAAGACCUGAGCAGAGAUUAACAGAGGCGUACACGAGGCAUCGGUGUACAGAUGUACUGAAGGCCUCUGCGCUUUGAUGGGGCUUUUUGGGCGGCUGUAGGGAUAGCUGGAUGGAUGUCAUGCUUUGCGUGACGCUAGCUGGGCUGAGCGACGCCGAGAGCUGAGCGACGCCGAGAGCUGAGCGAGCGGAACAGGUGGAGGUCCUGGGACGAUCCACAGACUACUCUGCAUGUGUACAUGAUUAAUGUCGGCUCCUGUCAUCGCCCAAUCGCCACGCUCCAGUUCGGAAGCUAUGUUGUAUUUAUGAGAUUUUUCUUUCCAUCUUCUUCUUCUCCAUUUUCUUGUUCUCAUUGGAACCCGAGCGCUUAGACCUGGGUCAUGUUCAUCAGGCAUCAAACGGAACAAAACUGACUAAAACCGCGAGGGACUACUUGUACUUGUCCAAUAAGAUACACUCAUUUCAGUUUUCUGUUACGAGACGUUUUGAAACUUUUUCCUUUGAGUGCCUUACUGAACAUGACCUGUGCUGACAUUAUGCUUCUGUCAGCUUCAACCGUGUCCUUACAGCAGAACAUUGAUUUAUUCUCCAGCAUAGCGCUCUUGUUGUCAAGGGUGUAGUUCAGCCCUGAUCUGAGCGAUAGAGCCGACGAGAGAUCAAAGCAGCUUUCUCAGUGCUAGAAGACUACCCCCCUGUGGCUUCAGCAUCAGACUGACAGUCUCCGAGAGCUUGGUGGCCUCAACAGAGCUCAGCUCAAGGCCCUUGAAUCAUCCCGAGCAGCAAAAGUUGGCCUUGUGCCAUGCACUUUACACGCUCGGUAUGAGAGGCAACGGCAUACAUCGCAGACAUUCGGGUUUUUUUUACAAGAGAACCACCUCUCUGCAGUCCUGUCCACAUUCUCCAUCAUCGUCAUUCAUAUUAAAUCUAUCUGAGGUAAAAUCAUGUAUUAUCCAUACAAAUUGACAAAUUGAACACGAAGGCAUUGAAGUACACUGGUCUGACGUCCCUUCUAGCAAAGUGGGUGGCCCCUUAAGAACGCUCAGAGGUUGUCCACUCUGCAUGACCAUUUUUAUCAACAGCAUCUCCCAAUUUGUAUUUUACGUCUUUACAUUUAUGGUUAGAACAUCCAGUGGUUUUCAAAAGACAUGCUGAGAUGGUGAUGCUGCAUAGUGUCUUUCAACUGUGGCCCUACUCGUUACACCUCAUGGUUUUAUCACUUCCCUUACAGCAGCAAAUGCAUGACAAGGGAAAUAUCACUGCAGCUCCUCUCUCUAAGUGCCUGACACAAGGCUUGACAUUGCCAAGGAUACACUUUGGCUCUGGGCCAUCCAAUACUUAAGAAAGACUCUUACCAUCCACCACCAGAUUGAGUUUCCUCUUAAAUACUUCAGUGACUAAGCACAAAAAAAAUGCUGCUGUCUCCAACGGCUUUUGUUUCCUUUCAGUAAGCCAUGCAGAACGCUGCCACUGGAGGGAAGGGGAGGAAAAAACCUGUCUGUCUUUCCUCCUUUUCGGACGUUAUGGAUCCUUAGAAAUAACUCUAUCUGCGGAAAUAACCUGUCUGCCAGGGGUCCCCGGGGAGCCCGAUUCGCUGAAGCCUGAACAGUCGGAGUAGGGAUUCUCUAACAGGCACACAGCGUGGAAGGGUCAGAACAUCAUGGAAGCAGCGCUCUACAUCCUAAUCCCCUCCUCCAUUAUUUAUAGCAAAUUAUAUAGAAAUAGCCAACAUGAAUGUGUCUUUAACCAUGGUCUUUUUUGAAACGGCAUUCAAUUCCAAUAACAUCCUCAUGAUGCCGUUGUCAUGGGCUGGCCUUGUCAAAAUCUCCCAUAACAUUAUCGAACUAUACUGAACAAAAAUAUAAACGUAACAUGCGACAAUUUCAACGAUUUUACUGAGUUACAGUUCAUAUAAGGAAAUCAGUCAAUUGAAAUAAAUUCAUUAGACCCUAAUAUAUGGAUAUUAAAUGACUGGGCAGGGGCGCAGCCAUGGGUGGGCCUGGGAGGGCAUAGGCCCACCCACUGGGCAGCCAAUCAGAAUGAGUUUUUACCCACAAAAGGGCUUCAUUACUGACAGAAAUACUCCUCAGUUUCAUCAGCUGUCCGGGUGGCUGGUCUCAGACGAUCCUGCAGGUGAAGAAGCCGGAUGUGGAGGUCCUGGGCUGGCGUGGUUACACGUGGUCUGCGGUUGUGAGGCCUGUUGGACGUACUGUCCAAAUUCUCUAAAAUGACGUUGGAGGCAGUUUAUGGUAGAGAAAUGAUCAUUCAAUUCUCUGGCAACAGCUCUGGUGGACAUUCCUGCAGUCAGCAUGCCAAUUGCACGCUCCCUCAAAACUGGAGACAUCUGUGGCAUUGUGUUGUGUGACAAAACUGCACAUUUUAGAGUGGCCUUUUAUUGUCCCCAGCACAAGGUGCACCUGUAUAAUGAUCACCCUGUUUAAUCAACUUAUUGAUAUGCCACACCUGUCAGGUAGAUAUAUUAUCUUGGCAAAGGAGAAAUGAUCACUAACAGGGAUGUAAACAAAUAUGUGCACAGAAUUUGAGAGAUAUAAGCGUUUUGUGCAUAUGGAACAUUUCUGGGAUAUUGUAUUUCAACUCAUGAAACAUGGGACCAACACUUUACAUGUUGCGUUUAUAUUUUUGUUCAGUAUAGAUUUCCACCGGGGAGACUGAUUAUCUUGCUGCUCAUUCAGGAGUCCCAUUCAAGUGCCUUUGGGAGACAUGCCACACAAUAUUCAGAGAGAUUUUAAUCUCUCUCUCUGUCUCUCUUUCUUUCUCUCUCUCUCUCUGUCUGUCUGUCUCUCUCUCUCUCUCUCUGUCUCUCUCUCUCUCUCUCUGUCUCUGUCUCUCUCUCUCUCUCUGUCUCUCUCCGUCUGUGUUUCUGAGAGAAAGGGCUUGCCCAGCAGCCAGCUGCUGAGACCCUGUAAGAACUGAGGCACAGCUGGACUGGCUUGUUGGAGUCCCUCUCUCUCUGCAUCUCACGCCACAAUCUCUUCUUUAGCAGGGCUUUACUCAGCCUCCUGCUCUGUCAUCAGUCACCAGAUGGCCAGCUGAAAAGCCUCCGGUCAGGAUCGACCAGUGUUCGCCCCCCCAUGCUCAGUUUGCAGUACACAAACUGAGCAUUGGACAGGAUGUUACACAAAAUUAGCAAAGUCUCUAGUGAUUGUAUUGAAAGGCUUAAUUUGUUCAUGUGCCACCACUUGGUAGACUGGUAGACGUUACACAGUGAGGUAUCUUAUUGAUACCUCUGCUCUGUAGUGGUUUACUCUCAUUGGUGUCUUAGUCAUCUAACCUAACACCAAAGGGUGAAUCUGAGACACUAAAGUGCCAUAGCUACUAUGUUUUGUAGCGUUUUGCACUCUAUAUUGGGGGGCGGCAGGUAGCCUAGCGGUUAAGAGCGUUGGGCCAGUAACCGAAAGUUCACUGGUUCCAAUCCCAGAGGCGACUAGGAGAAAAAUCUGUCUGUGCACUUGAGCAAGGCCCUUGACCGUAAUUGUUCCUGUUAGUGGCUCUGGAUAAGAGCGUCUGCUAAAUGACCAACGUUUAAAUGUAUAGGCGAAAGUAGACGAAAUAUGAAAAGGUAAGUCAAUGGAAGUGCUGGAUGGGAACUGUUGGAUUCCAUGCAUUGUUUUUGUGUGUGUUACAUGUUACAUCUGUGUACUGUGUCAGUGCUGUGUUGUGCGUCUCACUCCCUCUCUGCCCCCCCAGGUGCAUAACGGGAUACACUGGGAAUCGAUGUCAAGCCACUGUGCCUGUGAGAGUCAUAAACACAAAACGUAUGUGCAUUCAAGUGAACCCAGCCACACGUGUCAUCUCUGGUGUUUCAUCCCUGUUCCAAAGUUCCAAUCACUGUCCCUCCCAGAGCCAAACGGCCAAUCCAUCCGUCCCAAUGAUUCGUUUUGGACAGGUGUGUGUGUGGAGUGGAGAGGCCUCCAGAUUACUAAUAGACACACACACACACUCAUCCUGACUCAAAUUCUCAUCUGCUUGUGUGCUGACGCCUUUCUAAAUCGAUCGAAAUAUCCGGGCAUUGUGUCCACAGCUAAUUCUAAUUCAUUCAAUCUCCCUGGAAUCAGAAUGCACGAGCUAAACAUUUGCUGAAAUUCGAGGCCUGUUGAACAAGACAUUGAUUGGGGCUUUUCUCUCAAGUACAUAUGUUUUCGCAAACAUGACUGAUGGCGAUGUUUGCGAGACAUAUCGGUCCUCUUGACAACACCAGCGAUGCGCGUGGGUCUUCGGUAGAUCUGGUGUAAACUCAUCUUCUCUUCUUCUCUUCUCUUCUGUCUGUCAUUCUUUUGUUUCCCUCUCAGGUGUCCAAAUGAAUUUACUGGUGAUCGCUGCCAAAACUACGUAAUGGCCAGUUUCUACAGUACGUCUAUCUCCUCUUCCUGUCUGUGCUUUUGAUUGGAGCAUGCUCAAUCAGCGCUACUUCCUGUUGCUUCAUUUUCCUCUCAGGUUCUUAGACAGACUUUUAGGUGUUUGUGUUUUUAUUACGUUGUAUGUAUCCCAUUACCUGCAUGUUAAGAGGUUUUUGCCUUGUUUUGUUGACUUGGAUGUCAUUUGAAACAGUUUGAAGCGUUAUAGUUAACUGAUGUUGUGUUCGUUAUGUCACUCACAAUAAUAGCAGAAAGAAAGUGAAACUCAAACUGUAUAUUCAACUUUCCAAACUGGGACCUUCAAAUAUGAGGCAGGGGACAGUAGUGGAGUUUGCAAUACUAAAACAGUUCUGUAUUGAUACUCACCACCUGUGACAGGGACCAACCUAAAUAAGAUCUCAAGUUUGAGUUGAUCUUUAACACAGCAAUAUAUUUUCUUCCCUGAAGAGCAAUAACACUUAUGGGAGGUGUGUGGGGGUCAUUGUGGAUUAUGGAGGCACUGUAAAGAACUGAACAGACCCUGUUAAAGAGACCUCUUUGAUGUCAUGGAGAGGCCAAGAGGGAGAUGAAUGGCAGCUUCCCAGGAACUGGGCCCCAGUGCACUUUAUCACUCUGACUCACCCACUCACCUUACAGUCCAGUUACCUCAAUUACCAUAGGUUACCUGGCAAAACAGCAAACAACCAUGCUUUCAUCUCCGAGGCGGAACGAAAAAGAUCUGCCCAUUGAGAUGUAAUUUUAACUCGGAGCGUGGAGGAACAGAGGGAGAUAUUUUGGGUCUCCCUGAGAUAUCAGCUAGCGUAUUGGAGGAGCUAAUUAAAAGAAUGCUGCUGUCGCUAUCUGUUCGUUUCAUCGUUGUAGGCCACUCCUCCUGCUCUUCCCAGUCGGUGGCUUUUAUCUAGCCAGGGACAAACGGCCUGUCUGCAGCUACAGGGGUGGCACGCUGCCAGCAAUGCAACAGGAGACCCUUAUUGCUGCAGAGGAAGAGGAGGGAUGCUGGGUGUGUAGUAUAAGCCGAGAAAGGAAGCUCUAUCCUUGACGAUCAGGAAGUAUUCUCCAAAUGUGUGGGCGGGGGCUUUAAUAUAAUAUUUAACAUUAAUACUUUAAUGUCUCCUUAUGGCUGUUGCCAAAACAGUCCGUGUUUUUUUUUUUUACGUUCGCUGUGGGAACGCAGCCGAGGUCGGAGAGGACAGAUGUGAAGACGGCCUCGUCAGCAGUUCAGACGAGCUGAGACCGCUAUUAUUUAUUUACCCCUCGCCUCCUGACAAGGUCUGCUGUGGGACGGGGGCACGCUACUGAAAAUGGAGGCAUUUGUGGCCCCCAGUUAGGGUCUGUUUAGAGUAGUCUUUGGGGAAGAGUCUUUUGCCUCGUAUUUGACUAGUCCUUGAUUGACCCAGCGAGAGUAGUUGAGGGUGUUGUUGAUAUUAAUAGAACUCUGUACUCUCCUGAGGAGUGACGGUUACCCCAUGACCUUACAGGGAAAGUUACAGACCCUAUGCAACUCAGUCAGCGGUCAUACUAUGGUGAAAGCAGGACUUUGAUGUUGGUAAACAACGAAAUGAUUAAUUGAAUUGAAAACAUAGUGGUUGUUAUUGUUGUCACUCACAAUGUUUAAGUAAAGAACAUGCGUAGGUUACCACGGAACAUACUUGUAACCUACUGCCUGAUUAUUAUGACAAUAUUUAGCCUAAUAUGACCAUGUUUUGUCACAUAAGCAUAAUGCAACUAUAUCUAAUCCCAUUUAUAACCCAGGCUAAAGUGAAGUAUCGGCAGAACUGUAAUACAUUUUUCAGAGCAGUGAUACUGGGCCAGUCAUAUGAAAGGUGCCUUGAAGCAUCUAAGCUGAAGGUUCACAAGUCAAACACAAUCAAUAGAGCCAACAUGACAAGAAGGGACGCUGCUCACAUGCAGACCAGUCAUCACGUUGUUCAUGUUUUGCAUCAUUUUUAAAGACAAACAAGACCUUUGAAUAUGUCAGAAUUACUCAAUAAUAAAUAUGCAUUAUCUUCCUAUACUACGUCAGUUUAUCAGUUUAUACACAAGUUUAUAAUGAAAUUGUAGCUCCUUCGAUAACACCGCUAUUAACCAAAAUAACGGUAUGUUAAGAUAAUUGUAGCCAAUUGUCAAAGAAAGAAUAGGAAGUAUGUCACAGGAAGUAUGUCACAGUAACAGUGAAGUAUGUCACAGUAACAGUGAAGUAUGUAACAGUAACAGUGAAGUAUGUAACAGUGAAGUAUGUCACAGUAACAGUGAAGUAUGUCACAGUAACAGUGAAGUAUGUCACAGGAAGUAUGUCACAGUAACAGUGAAGUAUGUCACAGUAACAGUGAAGUAUGUCACAGUAACAGUGAAGUAUGUAACAGUGAAGUAUGUCACAGUAACAGUGAAGUAUGUCACAGUAACUGUGAAGUAUGUCACAGUAACAGUGAAGUAUGUCACAGGAAGUAAGUCACAGUAACAGUGAAGUAUGUCGCAGUAACAGUGAAGUAUGUCACAGUGAAGUAUGUCACAGUAACAGUGAAGUAUGUCACAGUAACAGUGAAGUAUGUCACAGUAACAGUGAAGUAAGUCACAGUAACAGUGAAGUAUGUCACAGUAACAGUGAAGUAUGUCACAGUAACAGUGAAGUAUGUCACAGUAACAGUGAAGUAAGUCACAGUAACAGUGAAGUAAGUCACAGUAACAGUGAAGUAUGUCACAGUAACAGUGAAGUAUGUCACAGUAACAGUGAAGUAAGUCACAGUAACAGUGAAGUAAGUCACAGUAACAGUGAAGUAAGUCACAGUAACAGUGAAGUAAGUCACAGUAACAGUGAAGUAAGUCACAGUAACAGUGAUAUUGGGUGUAGUUUGUAAACCAUAACAACUAAUAAUAGAUCCUCGUCCUUUACAUCAAGGGUGUUCAAGUCAGUGGAUAAAGCUAGCUAAAGGCACAACCAUUUUAACCAUGGCUUCUCCUCCUGUUGAGCCACUGUCCAGUUAAACAGUUGAAAGCUAACUCUGCUCCUUUCUAUACCAAAGUGUUGUAUUUGAUGUUAGUCACUAGGAUAUGUUAUGUAGUAUUACGUUUACAAUUUUCUUUUUUUUUGUUUAUUCCUCAAAACAUAUUUAACAGGCAUGGCUGUUGAUCUGAGUAAUGACAAAUGAGAAUUUGGUAUGACUGCAAUAUCGACUUUGUAGAUCUGCAUUGGUGUCUAUUGGGAAUGGAAACAGUGCAUGGCCCUCACACAGCAUGAGGUAGUGUUUACCGGUGAACGACAAGUACCCUAACUAGUGCCCCUAAACCUGCCUAAUUGACGUGUAGUGACAUUACCAUUGAUAAUGCAAGCAAAGAGAUUUUUGCAUGCGCAUGCCACUGUACUGAGAAAGUACCUCUCACCUUAGCGAUUAGCAGAUGGAUACAUUUUAAUGCAUUUUUGAUGAACUCGUAUUCAAUGGAUUUUGGUUUUUGAUCACUUUUCGUAGUUGUGGUAAAAUCAUCGUAAAACUUAGUGACCUAUAAGAGUCUAAUAGAAUGGAUAAUCACAAAUAAGAUAUUUUAAAUAGAAGUACUGUACAAUUAAGCCUUUUCUCCAUAAAGGACAAGUUCACUGUUUAUUAAACGAAAUCAAUUUUUUUAUGUAAAUGGUAUUUUAUAGAAGUGUCCAGACACUUUUUUUGGGCGAUUUCCACUUGGUUUUGACAAACUUACCCCACCAGCGAUUGACUUCCUUAGGCUCGUUCUGGAGUGUCAGGGCAGCGAUAAAACAUUAACAAAGUUCAAGUGAAAAAUUACCAAGUGAAAAUCACCCCCCAAAUAGUUUCUGGAUUCUUCUAUAACAUUACAUUUACAUCAAUGAUGAUCAUACUGUACGUUUCCUCUAAAAUGAUUAUAGAAUUAUUCUACAUGGUGAAAGAGUUGGUUAUUAUACAUCAUACACCAGUUUGAUCUCCACAUUCCAUUCUCUGUAGAAACACUGAUUAGCCAUUUGAUGAGCAAUAUAGUUCUGAAUAACACCUCAUCUGAAAAAUACCUCUUCUCUUUUCUUUUUGUGACCGUUCUGCAUUGGCAGAACAUCUUGGGAUUGAAUUUAUGGGUAUGGAUCGUUCCUUCCUCCUUAGUUUGCAAAUGUAGGAUUAGAAGCUUGAGCCUGCCCCCCCCCCCCCACCUCCCCUCAACUCCAGACAGUUUUCUUGUGCCAAUGAAGGGAUCAUACAGGCAUAACAUACCAUAUUUGUUACAGAAUAAUAAACACACGUACACAUUGAAAAUGUAGCUCAAAUAUGCUAAUGACACCUUCAAUUAUACUUUUUUGGGAAAACCUCAAUGUGAUAGCGUAUAGUCAAAUUAACCCGCACACAAGUAGGUCCUAAAAUCACCACCACGCAAAUUAAGUCCUACAAUGACCACCAUAAACUCACAUUACUCAUACAAGCGUCUGAGCUACAGUACACUGUAUCUCUCUCACACAUGAUAUAAACCAGGUGCCCAUAGAGGCUGCAGUGUGGUUAUUCUGUAUGAUCAGAUCCCUUCAGAUCUUGCUUUUGCCUUUACCCUAACACCUCCUCUGUUCCACCCCGUGUUUAGCAUGUCAUGUCAAAUACACUGACGGCGUCCUCCCUUGCUACCAUUUCAUUUCAUCUCCUUCCUUCCGGUCUUCCUAUUUCCUACUGUACCAUGUGGAUGUAUGUAUGUGUCCGUCCCCCAGCUGUGUCCCCUUUGUGCUCUUGUCAUCUCAUGGUUCCUCUCCUUGUCUCAUCAGUGAUGGCAGUUUUUGCUGUGUGUCUUUUUUAAAUGAUGUUGAUGCUAACUCUGAACAAUUGACAAAUGAUUGUUUUUCAUUUAAAAGACUGAUUGUUUGUAGCAUCCUUUGUUCACAGGACACCUAAUACGUUGGCGAACCGACCAAUCUUUAAAAAUAGGAGUAGAGUACGAACUAGGUGCGAUAAUGGAACAGUUCAGAUAACUAUAUACUGAACAGAAAUAUAAACACAACUUGCAACAAAGGCCCCCCCUCCAUGUCCCGGCCAAACCCUCCCCUAAUCCGGACGAUGCUGGGCCAAUUGUGUGCCGCACUAUGGGACUCCCGGUCACAGCCGGUUGUGACACAGCCUGGGAUCGAACCCGGGUCUGUAGUGACGCCUUAGACCGCUGCGCCACUCGGGAGGCCCCAUGAUCCUGCUGUUUAAUCAGCUUCUUGAUACGCCACACCUGUCAGGUGGAUGGAUUAUCUUGGCAAAGGAGAAAUGCUCACUAACAGGGAUGUAAACAAAUUUGUGCACAACAUUUUAGAUAAAUAAGCUUUUUGUGCAUAUGGAACAUUUCUGGGAUCUUUUAUUUCCGCAUGUUUCAUGGAACCAACACUUUUCAUGUUGCGUUUAUAUUUUAGUUCAGUGUAACUUUCACUUGAUCCCCUAAUCUGGUAACCUGUAACCUCAUACCUGUGAAAAGAUUGAAACGCAAAUAUUCCAUAAUUCCAAGCGUUGGGUCCUGUGAACAAACAAUGCUGCACUGUUUGCAAUAUUAGCAUAUUAACAUUUUACAUGGGAGGGAUUUUAACUGUCUUGAUGAAUGACUAUCUUAUAUAUGCAUCUGUUGUAUUAGUAACAUGUGGGCUGGUUAGAAUACAUUGCGGAGAAUGCAUUUUCUGUGGUUUGCCUAGUCAUGAUUACUGAGCCCGACCUUGAACUAACACUUCCUCGCAUUCCGACUGGACUCAGACUCAACAGAACUGCCUCCUCGGAUCAAUAUAUUAGAUUUCCACCGUCUCGGUUUUCAACCAACGCCCACUAAUACAAUGUCACAUCUGGGCCACAUUCAGUACACCAACGUUGGUGGACAUUGCAGAUAGAAAUGCCAUGAAUAGAGCCAACGUGAUUCUUUAUUCUACAUGAGAGGCAUUGUAGUUUGUUCUACAAAACAUAUUUCUAUCUGAACGUUCCAAAACAUUGCGUACUGCUGAACGUGCCCCGGGUUUGUUUGUUUCUGUGAAUGUAUAACCUUAAUAUAUAACCUAAAACACGUUUGUUCGUCUCCCUUGGGUUUGGUUUGUAUGUCACACUAUAGGUCUGCAUGUUGUGGAGUUUUAAGAAUGCAUUGUCCUCUUUUUCAGAAGCAGAGGAGCUGUAUCAGAAACGUGUAUUAACAAUAACAGGGAUCUGCAUUGCACUCCUAGUGGUUGGAAUCAUGUGUGUGGUUGCCUACUGCAAAACAAAGUAAUUCAAGUAAAAUUUUUACGCUAAACUCAAUCAGUAUUUGCUAUUACGUAUCCUUGUCCUUAAUACGUAUUUUGAAGCUUCCCUGAGAUAAUAGCCUAGAGAUUUGAGCAUUUUAAUCAUUUUAUUGUCAAUCACAACCUCUGUCAACAGACAAAAAUCUGUCAUCCUUCUGUUUUUGUUAUUGGCUAUAUGACUGGUCAGUCUCACGAUGCAGUUUGUCUUUCCGUGCACAGAAAGCAGAGGAAAAAGCUCCAUGAUCGUCUGAGGCAGAGCCUACGAAAUGAGAGAAACACCAGGGCCAGUAUGGCCAAUGGCCCUCAGAUUAAUAACACUCCCCUUGAAAACGUCCAGCUUGUCAAUGUAAGUCAGUCACAUAGCUAUUAGUUCUAACAAUGGGAACUACGCUAGAGUAACCUCUCACGCUUACUUUCCAAUACAUACAGUGCAUUUGGAAAGUAUUCAGACCCCUUAACUUUUUCCACAUUUUGUUACGUUACAGCCUUAUUCUAAAAUGGAUUGAAUUGUUUGUUUUUCCUAAUCAAUCUACACACAAUACCCCAUAAUGACAAAGCAAAAACAGGUUUUUUUGACAUUUUUGCAAAUGUAUUUAAAAAACCCCCCGGAAAUAUCGCAUUUACAUAAGUAUUCAGACCCUUUACUCAGCACUUUGUUGAAGUACCUUUGGCAGCUAUUACAGCCUCCAGUCUUCUUGGGUAUGACGCUACAAGCUUGGCACACCUGUAUUUGGGGAGUUUCUCCCAUUCUUCUCUGCAGAUCCUCUCAAGCUCUAUCAGGUUGGAUGGGGAGCGUCGCUGCACAGCUAUUUUCAGGUCUCUCCAGAGAUGUUCGAUCAGGUUCAAGUCCGGACUCUGGCUGGGGCACUCAAGGACAUUCAGAGACUGCAUUGUCUUGGCUGUGUGCUUAGGGUUGUUGUCCUGUUGGAAGGUGAACCUUCGCCCCAGUCUGAGGUCCUGAGUGCUCUGGAGCAGGUCUUCAUCAAGGAUCACUCUGUACUUUGCUCCGUUCAUCUUUCCCUCGAACCUGACUAGUCUCCCAGUCCAUGCCCCUGAAAAACAUCCCCUCAGCAUGACGCUGCCACCAUGCUUCACCGUAGGGAUGGUGCCAGAUUUCCUCCAGAUGUGACGCUUGGCAUUCAGGCCAAAGAGUUCAAUCUUGCUUUCAUCAGACCAGAGAAUCUUGUUUCUCAUGGUCUGAGAGUCAUUUAGGUGCCUUUUGUCAAACUCCAAGCGUGCUGUCAUGUGCCUUUUACUGAGGAGUGGCUUCCAUCUGGCCACUCUACCAUAAAGGCCUGAUUGUUGGAGUGCUGCAGAGAUGGUUGUCCUUCUGAAAGAUUCUCCCAUCUCCACAGAGGAACUCUGGAGCUCUGUCAGAGUGACCAUCGGGUUCUUGGUCACCUCCCUGACCUAGGCCCUUCUCCCCCGAUUGCUCAGUUUGGCCGGGCGGCCAGCUCUAGGAAGAGUCUUGGUGGUUCCAAACUUCUUCCAUUUAAGAAUAAUGGAGGCCACUGUGUUCUUGGGGACCUUCAAUGCUGCAUAGUUUUUUGGUACACUUCCCCAGAUCUGUUCCUCGACACAAUCCUGUCUCUGAGCUCUACGGACAAUUCCUUCGACCUCAUGGCUUGGUUUUUACUCUGACAUGCACUGUCAACUGUGGGACCUUAUAUAGACAGGUGUGUGCCUUUCCAAAUCAUGUCCAAUCAAUUGAAUUUACCACAGGUGGACUCCAAGUUGUAGAAACAGCUCAAUGAUGAUCAAUAGAAACAAGAUGGACCUGAGCUCAAUUUCGAGUCUGAUACAAAAGGGUCUGAAUACUUAUGUAAAUAAGGUAUUUCUGUUUUUAAUUUUUAAUAAAUGUGCUAACAUUUCGAAAAACCAGUUUUCACUUUGUCAUUAUGGGGUAUUGUGUGUAGAUUGAGGAAAACAAUUUAUUGAAUCAAUUUUAGAAUAAGGCUGUAACAUAACAAAGUGUGGAAAAAGUCAAGGGGUCUGAAUACUUUCCGAAUGCACUGUACAUUUGUUGGCUACAGUAUCUGCACAGUUCAUAUAAGCAUGCAUGAUGGGAUUUCAUAUUAUUGACGCUUGAUUUCAUUGUUUUCCCUUAUAGCAAUUUGUGUCUAAAAAUGCAUUGCCUGCGCAGCAUGUAAUCGAGAAGGAAACGGAAACGUCCUUUUCCACGAACCAGUACACAUCAUCUGCACAUCAGUCCACAACGGUCACCCACACCUCCAGUCAAAGGUAACCCUAUAUUCUCCUUCCUCCUCUCCUUCCAUCUGUAAAAGUCAUCCACUUUUAGAAAGGGGAUGAGCUAUAGCACUGGCUCUAAGAAGAUACUGUAAUAAUAAUGUGCCUAAGAUAAAGUCCUAUUUAUCUCCUCCAAUGUGUCACAACUGUCAGAACAGAUUACCGCUGGGCCCUCUACGCUAUCUUAGUCGGAGACCCUCUUGUUUCCCCCCCCCCCCAGCCACCUCCGCUUUUCCUCUUUCCCUCUGUUUAUGUCGGGAGUUUUGAAAAGCUAUUAAUUCACGUUGUGAUCAGUCGACGGUUGAUACGAUGAUCACCCAUCCUGUUACACUAUUGCCUGUGAAUCACCUCGCUCACUCAGUGAUAGUCACUGGAUUCAACAGAGACCAGGGCCCGUAUUCACAAAGCGUUUCAGAGUAGGAGUGCUGAUCUAGGAUCAGGUCCCACGGCUUCCGCCCCUUAUUCAUUAUGAUUUAAAAGGAAUAACUGAUCCUAGAUCAGAACUCUGAGACACUUUAUGAAUCCAGGGCCUGCAGUUCUGUGAUCUCAGACUGCACAAACAAAACGGCAGGGGACAAUGUAUUGUAGUGCAUCAUUAGCUAUAAUGGGACAACCGAGGUUCAGGGAGAAUUUAUGAGGUUUCCAGAGAACUUGUAGAGCAAAGAGCAAUGUGCAGGUCAAAGUGUCUUGUGGAUCCUAGAUCCAUUAUGAAGAAGUGGAUGCUGUAUAGUCCUCCAUAGUAUAGUGUCUCUACCUAAAGGUUAGACUAGAGCUGACCUGGUUUCAAAUCUAUUUGAAAUCAUUGAAAUACCUUGUGCUUUCGCUCUAGCCUGCCUGAAGUGUCAGAUGGGUGGGGUAAGCGUUGGUCUAUUAAGCCAGGCAAGCUCAAACAAGCCCAGCUGAAGUAUUUAAAAAGAUUUCAAGUAGUAUUUGAACCCUGGUCUGCAAUAGACAUGAUUCACAGUGUUUACAGCUUACGUCAUUGUCUGAAGAGGCUAGUGUUUUACCCUCAUUUAAGAGAAGCAAUUAAUUCACCUCUUCUGUCUCCCCGCUCCAUUCUCCUCUGUCUCGCUCUCUCUCUCUCUUCAGCUGGAGUAACGGCCGCAGCGAGAGUGCCCUCUCCGACAGCCGCUCUGUCUUGGUGAUGUCAUCGGGAGAGAACAGCCGGCAAGCCACACCCAGCCACCGGGGUCGUCUGAACGCCACGGGUGGCGCCAGAGACCUGAGUGCCUACCUAAAGAACUCUGGAGACACGCCAGACUCCUACAGGGACUCUCCGUACAGUGAGAGGUAGGAGAAAGAUAUCUGGAGCUCAUGUUGCUACGCUACGCUACGCUACGUUACGCUACACACUACAACCUCCCUUCAGCCUAUACACCUAGUGGAGGGUUUGUAAUUAAUGAUGGUGUGCCCUACUUCUAGUGAUCUGAGUUGUACAGAGAUAUCCAUUGAAGAAUCAGUUAUAUUUUAACGAUUAUACUUGGUAAUCAUUUUUAGAGAAAAACAUGCAUGCAUUUUAGAAAUUAUGGCAUUUAUUUAUGAACACACAGUAAACCAAGAUUGAAUCCAAGAUUUGUGGUAUUGCCAUGUUAUCUUGGUCUUUCUUCUGAAGAAAAGUGUUUUUUUAUUAGUAGAGGUUUCCUAUGAGCUGUCCUAUAUUUGGACUUCACAAACAGUCCCUCCUAGAUCAAAGCUAAUGGACAAUGACGACUUCAUAAGUCCCCAUUAGUAAAUCAAUGUGUUGCUAAUGAGCGCAGGUGUACCCGUGUUGUCAGAGUCGAGCUGCAGGAACCACAGCAGGUAGCACACCUGUCUCUGAGCAGCAAAGGUCACAGGUCGACUGAGUCUGAGAGGACCCAUCUGUGCACAUCAAUCUAAUGACUGGCCGGGGCAGAUGGAGACAACUCUAACCCUAAUGACUGGCUGGGGCAGACAGAGACAACCUUAACUCUAACCCUAAUCACUGGCUGGGGCAGACACAGACAACCCUAAUAACUGGCCGGGGUAGACGGAGACAACCCUAAUUCUAACCCUAAUGACUGGCCGGGGCAGACAGAGACGACGACUAACCCUAAUGACUGGCUGGGGCAGACGGAGACAACCUUAACUCUAACCCUGACUGGCCGGGGCAGACAACCCUAAUGACUGGCCAGGGUAGAUGGAGACAACCCUAAUUCUCACCCUAAUGACUGGCUGGGGCAGACAGAGACGACUCUAACCCUAAUGACUGGCCGGGGCAGACUGAGACAACCCUAAUGGUCCAGUGCUCUUCAGAUCAGUGUCUCUGUCCUCCACACACAUACUAGGAGAAAGGCCUAUACAGUCCUACACCGGAUUUUUGAAAUGGAUUAUGAAUGUGUAUCCUGAACCAGACCAUGUAGAUAUCCGGUGAGAAGUAAAAAAUAAAGUAUUUGAGACCGGUGAGUUGCACUGCACUCUAAAGGAGCCUACGCUCAUCGGAUGUGGCCUUGACAAUUUGACUGUACGUACCUAUAGGACACAAAAUCCAUUGCUACGGAUUUAUUUCAUUUAGCUAAAAAGCAUCCAUGUAAUGAGCUAGAGCUCAGACUGCAACAUGAAUUUAGUGGAGCUAAAGCCAUUUUAACAAAAUGGGUCCUUUAUUACUGAUUCUGGUGUGGUGUACUAGUGAAUACAGUUGUGUAUUCUCAGUUGUAUGUUCCAAAUUGAUAGAGGCUUCUCUCUUGGUUAUGCCUGUCAGGUAUGUGUCAGCGAUGACCACCCCAACCCACCUGUCUCCUGUGGAGCUGCUCUCUCCCGUGACCCCGGGCUCCCCUCCCUCUGAGAUGUCGGCCCCCUUGUCCAGCCUGGCCUCGGUCCCCUCUGUGGCCGUCAGCCCCUCUGGCGAGGAGGAGCGCCCCCUGCUGUUCACCACCCCGCCACGCCCCGACCACCAGUCUAAGAGGAACUCUGCCCACUACAACCACGGCCAUGAGGCCCACAGCCCCCCGCCCAGCCCGCUGAGGAUCGUUGAGGACGAUGACUAUGAGACCACGCAGGAGUAUGAGGCGGUCGGCGCCGCCGCCCCGGUAACGCCCAUUCCCCCGCAGAGCCUUCCUAAGAAACUCGCCAAGAACAGCAACGGUCGCCGGGCCAAAAGAACAAAGCCCAAUGGCCACGCAACGGGCCACAAAAUGGAGUCCAACGACCUAGGUAGCAGUACGGAGAGCGAGAUGGAGGAGGAGGAGGAGGAGGAGCGUGUGGGAGAGGACACACCCUUCCUGAGCUUACAGAACCCCAUGGCGACAGGUGUGGAGCCUCUUGCAGAUGGCAGCAGGACUAACCUAGCACUCCGACUCUCCCCACAGGACAACCUGCAAGCCAGGUUAUCCAGUGUCAUCUCCAAGCAAGAUCCAGUUGCUGUAUAA